CAACGCGAUCAGCAACAUGGCAUCUGAAACAGCGGCUACUGUAGUCCAGACACUCAGUUAGAUUACAUCACUUCAGAUUGACGAACUGAAAGAGAUUACGCCAACACCACAGAUUUAAAAGAAAAGCCGCAAUUGCCUCGUGAAGUACUGGUUUGAAAUCCAACAUCAGUGGUUCCUUCUAGUCAUAAUUAUGGCCAGCGGAGAUGAUGAUGAUCCAAUUAUACAAGAGAUUGAUGUGUACCUGGCCAGAAGUCUUGUGGACAAGCUGUAUUUAUUCCAGUACCCAGUGCGUCCUUCUUCUAUGAGCUACAAUAAUGUGACCCACUUGGCAGCCAGAAUUAAACCUAAACAGCAAAAGGUUGAACUUGAGGUUGCCAUGGAUACCAUGAGUCCAAACUACUGCCGCAGUAAAGGGGAGCAGAUCGCACUUAAUGUGGAUGGCACUUCUUCUGAGGACUCCAACACUUACUCCACGAAAAUGAUGGACAAGCAAAUAUUUUCAUCAAUCCAAGCAACCACAAAUACAUCCCGCUACGCUGCAGCUGUGUUUCAUAAAGGAGAGCUUCACCUCACUCCACUGCAAGGUAUCCUUCAGAUGAGACCAAGCUUCACCUAUUUGGACAAAGCUGACACAAAACAUAGAGAAAGAGAGGCAGCCAAUGAAGCUGGAGACUCCUCUCAGGAUGAGGCAGAAGAUGAUGUUAAACAAAUCACUGUGAGGUUUUCCCGACCUGAAUCAGAGCAGGCCCGUCAGCGGCGCGUUCAGUCUUACGAGUUCCUGCAGAAGAAACAGGCUGAAGAACCCUGGGUUCACCUGCAUUACCAUGGUAUAAAGGAUGGGCUUUCUGAGCAUGAGCGGCAGUAUCUUUAUUGCCAGGCCAUGGAUACCACAGAGAACACAGAGCUUGUGAAAACCCCACGUGAAUAUCUAUCCAUGCUUGUGCCUCCUGUGGCUGAAGAAAAAGUUGUCAAGCCGAUGGGUCCCAGCAACGUACUCUCCAUGGCCCAACUGCGCACACUGCCCCUGGGUGAUCAAGUCAAGACGCUUAUGAAGAAUGUCAAAGUGAUGCCGUUUGCCAAUCUGAUGGGGCUGCUUGCAUCAGGAACAGACUCCACUGCAGUGCUGCGCUGCAUACAGCAGGUGGCGCUGCUUGUCCAGGGGAACUGGGUGGUCAAGAGUGAUGUGCUGUAUCCUAAGAACACCUGCAGUUCACACAGUGGCGUUCCUGCUGAAGUGCUCUGUCGGGGUCGAGACUUUGUGGUGUGGCGAUUCACCCUAGAGCGAACCCUGAUGAGAAAAGAUGUUGCUGCUACUAUAAAGCUGCCCCCAGAGGAUGUGAAGGAUUUCUUAGAGCAGAUGUCUGUUCCUAAAUUAAACAGAGGCUGGGAGUUCCUGUUGCCUACAGACCAUGACUUCAUCAAAAAGCACCCUGAUGUGGCUCAAAGACAACACAUGCUUUGGCUAGGCAUUCAGUCUAAGUUGGAAAAAGUUUUUAACUUCUCAAAAGAGGACUUCAUGCCCAAAACGGAUGCUCAGAUGGAGCCUGUUCACGUGAGUGGGGAGCAGCGUCUCAAAGCUGCCAGGGACAAUGCUCGGGAGAACCACGGCACUAUGCAGAGGGAACUGGACGCUCGUAGAUUAAAGGCAUCCAGACUCCCGGGGGCCUCCUGUGAAGCCAGCACCCCAGUGCAAGUAAAACGGGAGCACAUGAGUGACUCUGAAGAGCCCAUGGACACCUCAGGCUCUCUCACAAAUGGCUCCAUCAACGGUUACCUGAACUCUACAUCUCCAAUUAUGGACCCUCAUAAUGGACAUGGGACCGGCAACGCGCCCACCCCUGAGCUCCAGCACUUUGUGCGAAACACUUUCCUAAAGCAGUAUGUGCUGUGUCUCAGUGAACUGAAGAGGCUAUUUAACCUACAUUUGGCCAGCUUGCCCACGGGUCACUCCGUGUACGGCCAUGUGACAGACCGUAUGCUGCAGGACACCAUCCUCCUGAGCCAGUGCAAACAGAUCCUGGUGCCUUUUCCUCCUCAGAGCAGUGCCACCGCAGAUGAGCAGAAAGUGUUUGGCCUUUGGGAGAGCGGAGAAACCUUUGACAAGCACCGUCAGGUUCUGUUUGAGAUCUUCACGAAGAACUAUCGAGUCAGGAGGAACGUGAUCCAGUCUCGUCUCACACAGGAACUCGGCGAUGCUGUCACCAAAACAGAUGUGGAUAGACUGCUCAAGGAAUGCUGUACAAGCUCAGGAGGGAUGUGGUACCUGAAGGGUACUGUACGCUCCUGACAGGAAUAGGAGGAGCCCUGGGGAUCUCGUCAAUCAACUCAACUCCCUUAGAGUUUAAUGAGAGUAAACUUUGCACAUGGAGGCAGAGCAGACACACAAACCAGUCACUGCCCUCGGCUGAUGAAGAACAGGGCAGGGGACAUCCAUCCACUAUUUUGGAUCACCUGCAUAAGUUAACCCUUCAUAGCGCAAAAACAAGUGUAUUCGAGACCACGUCUGGUCCAAACACAUUACCAUCUCAGAAAAAGGGCUGAAGAUCUGUGUAAUCCUUAGAAAGUGUUUCAGGGAAAAUGAAGUGUAAAGGAGAUGUAUGCUGAAUGCGUACCUGGACUAUCAAUUAAUUGGGUUUUCUUUUGGUUCUGUUUUUUAUGACCUAUUAUGAAAGUAGUUAUUACAAAUAAAGAUGAGAGGAGAUGAGAGUUUAGCUGAUUUUAUCCCGUUUGUGGUCUUUGCUCUUGUUUAGGACAUUUAGUUGGCUGGGGAAAAAAAUAGGAUGUUUUGGUUUAAUAACUACCCUUGAUUUUAUAGCAUAUUGGGUAUUUCUUGAAUUACUGUUGUUAUUAUUUUUUCUUUGCCCCACAUUGAAGCAUGGACAUACUGUAAUCCGAAGAAGUAAAAGGGUGCAAAUACUGGAUACUAACAGGUUUGAAAGGGCACUAGAUCAUGUCAAAUAAAUACUCUGAACUUCAUGCUUUGUUGAAAUGUUAAUUUCUCUGCUGUCAUUGGGUCAAAUGAAGACCGUAAAGCUGCCCAUUCACACUCUGCACUUUAGUGCCCUUUGUGAAAUGUUUACAUCACUUCUUAAAUAUAUCCGUUGAACCCCACAGCUCUUGUCAACCAAAAAUGGUUCUCGAUUGACAAUAGAAAUUGCAAGCAGUUUAGAUUAAAGAAGAUGAAUGCUGACAACCUGUUUUGUGCAUCCUUAAUUUUUUGAUUUUGUUGCAUUUUUGAGGAUAAAGUUGGACCUGAAGGUUAAUUUGGAUCAGAAGCUGGAAUAAGAAUUGGAAGCUUAUUGCUAGAGUCCCUGAAUGUCAUUUGCAGUUGUGUUUGAUCAAGUAUAUUAUAUUUAAGUGGCACUUCAUCACAUAUGUCAUUCAUUUCAGAGUAGUUAAUGCAUUCGGACUUCAUGAACAAUUGAAUUUCUUAGGAAAUUUUAAUAUUUUGCCUCCACUGUAAUAAUGGUUUACUUAACCAAGUAAUGGUUUACUUUAAUUUAAUUCACCUAAAUAUGUAAAUUUACUUUCAAACCCAUUUGAAACCCUUUUUUUUUUUUUUUUUGCAUGGAAGAAAUUGAGGCUAAAAAGAAAACACUAUGGGCUUGGGAUGGCAUAUGUAAAUGAUGACAGAAUUUUCAUUUUUGGGGGAAUUGUUCCUUUAAGAGGGAAUGUCAUCAAUACCAAAAC